AUGGCCUCCUCCGUCCACCACCUCCUCUUCCUCAUCAUCAACCUCCUCAUAAUCCCAACCACAUUAUUAUCCCAAUCCAUCAUCCAAAUGCCGCCGAAACGACACCGCAUCACGGACGACAACCUCUACUGCGACAGCUGGCGAUUCUCCGUCGAGACCAACGACGCCGGAACCUGGACCAACAUUCCGUCCCGGUGCGUCGCCUUCGUCCAGGACUACAUGACCGGCGACCGGUACCUGUCCGACUCGGCAGCCGUCGCGAAUUACUCGCUGAGCUUCGCUCGGGGGGUUCAAAUCGGAGGAGAUGGUAAGGACGCUUGGGUCUUCGACAUCGAUGAGACUCUGCUCUCCAAUUUGCCCUACUAUGAGGCGCAUGGAUUCGGAUCAGAGACCUUCGAUGAAGCAUCUUUUGAUGAGUGGGUGGAUUUGGCUAAGGCCCCUGCUCUCCCAGCUAGUUUGAAAUUAUACAGGGAGCUUCAGCAGUUGGGUUUCAAGAUUUUUCUGUUAACUGGGCGGAGUGAACAUCAGAGAAAUGCCACAGCGAAAAACCUUCUAUAUGCACGUUACAACAAUUGGGAGAGACUGCUACUGAGAGGACCUUCUGAUCAAGGAACAACGGCCACUGUCUACAAAUCCGAGAAGAGAUCAGAUUUGAUAAACGAAGGUUAUCGAAUUCACGGGAGCUCGGGAGAUCAAUGGAGUGAUUUGUUGGGUUUUGCAGUGGCCCAACGAUCCUUUAAACUUCCAAAUCCAAUGUAUUACAUUGCCUAG